GGUUAAGAGUUUCUAUAGUCUCCGAGGCUGAAGCUGAGAGCCUGAAGCUUAAGCUCUGUUGUAGAUCAUAGCUUCAUCUCCUUGCGGAUAUAAGAAAAGAAAGACUAUUUCCACAAUGAUAGAUCUCUGGUUACACAGGUUCCCCAAUGAGUGGAUCAUGAUGACCGUAUGGUAGGGACUUGCCAUAGUAUGGCUGCUUCCCGAUCUACUCGUGUUACAAGAUCAACAGUGGGGUUAAACGGCUUGGAUGAAUCUUUUUGUGGUAGAACUUUAAGGAACCGUAGCAUUGCUCACCCAGAAGAGAUCUCUUCUCAUUCCCAAGUACGGUCAAGAUCACCAAAGAAGAGGCCAGAGCCCGUGCCCAUUCAGAAAGGAAGCAAUAACGGCAGAGCUUCUGAAAUAAAACAGCAGAGUGCGCGAGAGGCAUGGGUAAGCCCUAGGAAAAGAAGACUCUCCUCUUCCGAGAAGGAAGACCUAGAAAGGCAGGGCCUAGAGAGCUGUGAAAGAAAGCAGGCAGAGCCAGCCCCGCCAGUCCUGAAGAACAUUAAACGCUGUCUUAGAGCCGAAGCCACAAACAGCUCAGAAGAAGACUCGCCUGUGAAACCAGACAAGGGCUCGGUAGAACAGAGGACAGUAGUGGACCAUGAUGCAGAGUUUCAAGGGACUAAACGAGCUUGUCGAUGUCUUGUAUUGGAUGAUUGUGAGAAAAGGGAAAUUAAAAAGAUGACUGUCAGUGAGGAAGGGCCACUUAAUACUGCCAUAGUAGAAGAAAUCACAGGCUAUUUGACUGUCAAUGGUGUUGAGGACAGUGACUCAGCUCUUGUAAACUGUGAGGACUGUCAGCCUGACGGGAGCACUAAACACAAUAGCACUGGUUCCUAUGUGUUGCAGGAAAAAUCAGUAGCUGGAAAUGGGGAUUCAGAAACCCAGACUCCAAUGUUCUUUGGUAGUAGGAAGGAGGACAGUUGUGUAGACCAUCUUGUGCCUUGCACAAAGUCGGAAGUGCAGGUCAAGUUGGAGGACCACAAACUAGCAACUGCCUGCCUACCGGUGGAACGUCGUAAGCCGCCGACUGCUGAGCCAGCUUCAGGCCCUGUUUCUGAAAUUCAGUCAUCCUUAAGAGAUUCUGAGGAGGAAGUAGAUGUGGUGGGAGAUAGCAGUGUCUCGAGAGAGCAGUGUGAUGAGAGCGGCAGUGGCCCUCUGGACUCAGGUACUGGAAGCAUGCCAGUCUCUGCGGAGCCAGAGCCCGCCUCUCUGCUAGACUGUGCUUCGGCUCAGAUGACAUCUUUAGCUGAACCUCAAGAACAUCGGUAUACCCUGAGAACUUCGCCUCGAAGGGCAGCUCCGAGCAGAGGUAGUCCCACUAAAACCGCAUCUCCUUAUAGAGAAAACGGACAAUUUGAGGAGAGUAAUCUCAGUCCCAAUGAAACAAAUACAACUGCUAGUGAUAACGUAAGUGAGUCUCCCAGAAAUCCUGUUGAAAAUGCAAAGGUUCUGUGUUGUGACUCUCAAAGCUAUGGAAGUGAAGGACUGAGUGAGCCACCCUCAGAGGCCAGAGUGAAUAUGGGACAUGUGCCAUCUGCCAAAGAGAGUGCCAGUCAGCCCCCUGCAGAAGAGGAGGACGAUGACCCUGAUGUCUAUUACUUUGAAUCAGACCAUGUGGCAUUGAAACACAACAAAGAUUACCAGCGACUGCUGCAGACCAUUGCCGUCCUUGAGGCUCAGCGUUGUCAAGCAGUCCAAGACCUGGAGAGUUUAGGCAAACACCAGAGAGAAGCACUAAAAAAUCCUAUUGGAUUUGUGGAAAAACUCCAGAAGAAGGCCGAUAUAGGGCUUCCAUACCCACAGAGAGUUGUUCAGUUGCCUGAGAUUGUGUGGGACCAGUAUACCAACAGCCUUGGGAACUUCGAAAGAGAAUUUAAAAAUCGCAAAAGACAUUCUAGAAGAGUUAAGUUAGUUUUCGAUAAAGUAGGCUUGCCUGCUAGACCAAAAAGUCCUUUAGAUCUUAAGAAGGAUGGAGAGCCCCUCUCUUACUCCGUGUUGCCUUUGAGUGACGGUCCAGAAGGCUCCCAUAGUCGCCCUCAGAUGAUAAGAGGUCGCCUGUGUGAUGACACCAAACCUGAAACAUUCAACCAGCUGUGGACUGUUGAAGAACAGAAAAAACUUGAAGAGCUCCUCCUGAAAUACCCUCCUGAGGAAGUAGAGUCUCGGCGGUGGCAGAAGAUUGCAGAUGAGCUGGGCAACCGGACAGCCAAACAGGUGGCCAGCCGUGUACAGAAGUACUUCAUAAAGCUAACUAAAGCUGGCAUUCCAGUUCCAGGCCGAACACCUAACUUAUAUAUGUACUCUAAAAAGUCUUCAGCAAGCAGACGGCAGCACCCUCUCAAUAAGCACCUCUUCAAACCCUCCACUUUCAUGACUUCCCAUGAGCCGCCAGUGUAUAUGGAUGAAGACGAUGACCGCUCCUGUUUUCAUGGCCACACAAGCCCUGCUGUGGAGGAGGCGUCGGAUGAGGAAAGCAUUCCUGUCAUGUAUAGGAGUUUACCUGAAUAUAAAGAACUAUUACAGUUUAAAAAGUUAAAGAAGCAGAAACUUCAGCAAAUGCAAGCAGAAAGUGGGUUUGUGCAACAUGUGGGCUUUAAGUGUGAUAACUGUGGUGUAGAACCUAUCCAGGGUGUUCGGUGGCACUGCCAGGACUGUCCUCCAGAAAUGUCUUUGGAUUUCUGUGACUCUUGUUCAGACUGCCCACAUGAAACAGAUAUUCACAAGGAAGAUCACCAGUUAGAACCUGUUUAUAAGUCUGAGACGUUCUUAGACAGAGACUACUGUGUGUCCCAGGGCACUAGUUAUAGUUACCUUGACCCCAACUACUUCCCAGCCAACAGAUGACAUGGAAGAGAGUGCCGGCACUAGUUCUCGUCAGCACACAGCACUGGCAUCAUUGUUGGUGCUGUGUGCGGUUCGGACACUCGGGCAUGAGAGCUCCCGAGUGUUCUCGUCAAGUGCAGCUCCACACCGAGUGGCUGUGGAUGAGCAGCUGAACAUUCCUGGUGAGCUGAGAGUUUCCCUGGUGAAAUUGUCACCACCACAGAGAGCCUUGUAGGUGGUGAUCGUGAUGGGUGAGGUGGAAGCGAGAGCUUGAGUUAAUGCCAGAGUAAAUUCCAAAGGUUUCAGAGACCUCAGUCAUAACUAUGAUGAUGGAAAGACAAAGUAUUUAUAUUAAAUCAGUUCAGUAGCUUUCAGUUUUGUGAAAAUAGUAUUCAGAGCAGAAACUGACAUAUAGACGAAGUUUUAACCAAUGAUGGUGUUUGCUUCUAGGAUGUGUACUCUAAAAGAACUCACUGUCCGGUGGUCACUGAUGGCCUUUAGUAGACUGGAGCUGCUUAAUGGUGUGGUCCUAACUUGUAAUCACGAUGAACUGUCCUUCCCCAGGGCACAGCGCGAGAUAGCUGUGCUUGGUUUCCGUAACCAGCUCAUGGGGUGUGAAUGGCAUAAAGUUGUCACGCAGGUAUAUUUUUUAAAUGUCAUGUUGUAUAAGAUGAUCAUGUGACGUGUACAGACUGUGGUGAAAAGUGCCAGUGGUAGUAACUGUAAAGUCUGGUUCACAACAUUAACCCUUUAAAGGACACAGCCUCUGCCUCUGUCAAAGAAAACUGCCUAAUAUAAAAAUCAUAUAUAUGGUGAUAAUUUUCCCCUCUUUUGUAGUCUGCACAAGAUCCAUAAAAGAUUGUAUUUUUAUUACUAUUUAAUGAGUGAUUAAAUGUAGUCUGCACAGUGAGCAAGAGUUCACAAGCAUUCUUUUAUACUGCUGGAUUUUGUUGUGCAUCAUUUAAAACAUUUUGUAUGUUUCUUAUCUGUGUAUACAGUACGUUGUUGAAUAAUGUUCAUUUGUCGGGAGAACUGUGAGGAAUAAAGUAUGUGGCUAUGUUUGUUUAUAUUAUAGAACGCUUGUUGUGGCUUCCUUCUCAACAAGGGUUAAAACUAGAGCUCAUCACUUAAAUGUUUCAUCUGUAUUUGCUCUCUGUUCUUUAUAAAGAAAGGGUGAGGAGUGUGUUAUGGAAGAGAGUGUGCGCUUGAACCUGCUAGAGGUGUCAGAGUUCUUGUCCAGCGUGCUAAAACAUUCACCGUAGGGUACUCACUCAUGUCCAGAUGGGGGGCUUAAGUAUAGGUCAAAAAGUUAAUCAGGUCAUUUUAUCCUGACAGAAUCAAGUCCCCAUGUGUAGAAACAGGUGAUUUCCAAAAAUUAUCAACUAGGAAGAGAGAGUAUGUUCUAUGGUGGGUUAAGCAUUACACCAGUCUUGUUUUUAACAUUAUUUGUGUUUCCUGUUUUUAAGUUCAGGGGACAUUAUUUACUAAUUCUUUUCAACACUUAGCAAGGUAAAAUCUACCCUGAAUUUUUUAAUUAAUAAAAUACAGAAUUUUAACUAUGGAAAUGAGAAGUUUAAAUAAUAUAUUGAUUAUGUAUCACUGGUCAUAUUGAUGCAGUCUAUUGUACUCAGAAAGAAAAGUAGUCAGGCUUUUAUCUCUGGGUCAUUAGUGAAGGAGAGACAGUUACACUAGGGAUCUCUGUGCUAAAUGCUCAGUGCACAUGCCAGACGGCAGCCUCUGUCUGUAAUAUGCAGGACACUUGGGCUGUCUGUAGAAAUAGUGGUGCCACAUCGUUUUCUUGAAGAGCACUUCAUAUCCAUCCCAAAGCCCCAUAAAGCUUGAAGGACACUUUGGAAGGGAUAUGAGUGAUACGGCUGUAAUAAGAUCAGCAGAGCAGGCAAACCCACCCGGAUGCAUCUUCCAAAGGCCAAGGCUUUAAGACUGAGGUAGGGUGCGGGUUUCUCCUGUUUGGACAGAAGAUGUAUUUACUUUGGAUUUCUUAGCUCUAAGCACAUCACCCCUACUAUAUCUUGGUGGGAACGUUUUCUUGUGUUUCUGUUGAGGGUUGCAGAAGUGCGCAGUGCUCUUCCGUCUGUCUGCAGGGAAAUCUGGCUGCUGACCAUUGCUUGAGAAGCAGUGUUGUCAGGUGUCUUAGUAGGCCAGGUUUACUUGGUGGCAUAUGAUGCUUACGGUGUUUGCUACUAAUAACACACCAAAAGCCAUCGCUCUGACGUUAGGGGGUGGCACCAAUAGCAGAUGCUGAUACAGCACUUACUGUACACAAAGCAAGCCUGGGGCACUCAUUGGGUUCUCGGCCCAGUGAGUUAGGUUCACUUAUUACUCCGUUUUCAUGGGAGAUCUCACCCAGGGUCCUAUUGUUAGUGAAGUGAUGAGACUUGUCUAAGAUUUAUCGCUGUGUUUCCCAAGCAGAAACAGCCCCACCAUCAGCGUGUUCUCCAUGCCCUUUUCCUUGUGUAUUACUAGAGUACAAACCUGGGCCCAUGAGAGAGAGGCCUGUGUGUGGCCGGAGAAGUCCCAGAGUCCCCCACCAUUGUGACUGACUCACAGGACCACACCCCAUACUAUCCCUUGAGUCUUCUCUCCCUCCUUUCACUUACAUUAGUCACAGAACACCGUUUACUGAGGUAUGAGGAACAAUUUUCAAAGGCUGACAGAAAAUGGGGUACCUCUGUAAUAGAGAAGUCUUGUUUUGUGCAGUUUCCCUUACAGCCACGUUAGAUAUGUUGAAUAAACUUACUGUGGAUAGCUAAGUGUAACGUCCAUUGUUCUGGGUGCACUGGGGAAAACCAGCGUCUCUAGGCAUUGUCCUUUUUUUUUUUUUUUUCUUUUUUGUUUUUUUGAGACAGGGUUUCUCUGGGUAGCUUUGGAGCCUAUCCUGGCAUUCGCUCUGGAGACCAAGCUGGCCUCCAACUCACAGAGAUCCCCCUGCCUCUGCCUCCCGAGUGCUGAGAUUAAAGGCAUGCGCCACCAGCGUCCGGCUGGCAUUGUCCUUCUUAAGCCUAUAAAGUUUUGCUUUUCAGUGGAAUGGUUAGCUACUGUUCUUAUGAUCCCAGAGGGAACCAAACCCCAGUGCUUUGCUUACAGGACUUACAUAUCUGUUAAAUGGAUUUUUUUCUGAGAGCUGUGCCCCACUGAGCUGCUUGAGAAUACAGUCCAUGUCUGUGUCUCUAAGCCCUGACAUUUUAACAGACUCUCUACAAGGAUUCGUUGGUUAUGUAACCCAGUGUUUUGGUUAGUCACACUGUUUUUUUUUUUUUUUCUUUAGAAGGUAGUGGGGCCCAAUCCAUGAGGCGCCAGUAACUCUUCAAAGGUGUGUCUCAGGAGGUUCUUCGUUACACCCUAGAGGACAGAGACAGCCUUUGCAUCCAACUUUACUUGAAGACUGGUUCAGCCAGUCAGAUCAUUCAGCAUGGGUGUGACUCUGUCAUGCUUGUAGUGACAUUUUGGGUCUCAGUCACAGUUGGUAAGUGAAGUACCUUUGAUUGAAUCCUGGAAACUAGUCACUGACUUGUGCUAACUGCAAGUAAUGGGAAAAUGGAAGGCACUGAGAGUUAAAACACAUUAGUCCUCAGUAGCAAGAGACGGUUGAGGGCUCCUGCGAUAGAAAAGCCAGGCCUUUGUGAAGCUCAUAGACACAGCACAGAAGACAGCGGUGUGCAAAUAAACUUAUAUGCUCCCUAAUUAGAAGCCAGCAACACAGGGCUGGGAAGAGCAUUGCCAGUUAGGUCGAAUGGGCUGAGAAACCCAUUGGAGUUUGGGAGCUUGGAGUCCGGGAACUAGCUGUGUGGAUAAGCUGUAGGAGCAGGCAAGAGAAUACUGGUGUAAGGGCCCAGAGUCAGUGUAGAACUUGCUUUGCUCAGCUAUCUUUGGAGACAGGCAGUGUAGCUUGAGCCAGAUGUGAGAGGGGGAGGGUCCAGUUGGUGGCGUCAGGGAGAGCACAGGUGUGGCCUUGAACAUAGGUUAGAGCCAGCGAGUUUACAUUUGUGUUCUGAGGUUGUCCACAUACAUGCACAGCCUUUUGCUAGGCUGAAACGGCUAAGGUCCUUUCAUGUUUUAAAAUCCGAUGACUUUGGCGUAGUGAUGCCGCUUAGAGCCAUUCACAGAGCAAUGUGAGUCUCGGCUACUCUUUGGAAAACUGAUCUGCAUCCCCAGUACUAAGUCCUGUUGAGGUUUUCCAAAGUAGCUGCCACCUACCUGCCCUGAGGAGCCCCAGGCUCGCUGGCUUGCAGGUCUGCUGCCUCAGGUCUGCUGCCUCGUUUCCUCAUCCACAGCUGUGGGCCAGUGUUUGCCUGAUUGUGUUUUGUGUCUGGAGACUGUUAACCCCUAGGUGACUUGUUUAUGUUUUAUCCUGAAGCAGCGCUUUUCACCUUUGCUCGAAUACUCAUGUGACAGCUUGGGGUGGUAUAAGCAUUCAACAGCUCUGUGAAUUUGGGAACUCGUUGCACCCCUUCUGGUAACAGAGACCUAAUUGUAACCAAAGAAACUUAAUUUCUUGUCUAGCACACACUGACAUUUCUGUUUAGGAAACAGUGCUAGGGAAAAUGAAAUGUGAAAAUGACAGUGUAUCAUUGAAUACAUGAACAAUUUCUCUGUAAUAGCUCAGAUCUGGUCUGUGGCCAAAGUUCAAACCAUACAAGUGGAUCAGAAUUUUAAACUCUUUUACUGUGUUUGCUUCUGUUUGGAAUGAAAGCUUCCAAAGGCUUUCCAGAACGAUGUGAGUUACAAAUAAAUAGAGAAAGAGUUA